AUACAAAAGUUCCUCGCUUCUUGUGGUUUAUUUUCGUCGGACAAAUUUUGGGCGGAGUAAAAUCUUUCGCCUCGCCUCUUCCUCUACCCAGACAACGGAUAGCCAAUCGCAUCAUCAAUCCAAGGAAUCAUGUUGAGCCAACACUUCCGCUUUCUUUCUACGCUACGGAAAAGUGUUGUCGGUAGCUAGGUAAACAACAUGGCUGCGGGAUCCAGCGGUGCGGGCAUCGAGCUACAGAAAGAGUUGAUUUGUGCCAUCUGUCUUGACUACUUCAACGACCCGGUCAUUCUCAAAUGCGGACACAAUUUCUGCAAGUUCUGCAUCCUGAUGCAUUGGGAGGAGAACGGAGGAGAGGACGUCGGUUAUCAAUGCCCCGAGUGCCGAAUGAUAUUUAACAAGAUCAGCUUCACCAAGAACUACCUGGUUAAGAACCUUGUUGAUAAGCUGAGUGGGUUGGAGUGUCUGAAGCCCUGUGAGCAGCCGGCUCCGUCCAAGCGUGUCCAAAUAGAUGGGAAAUGCGACAGGCAUGGAGAGGAGCUGAAGCUCUAUUGUCACACCGACAACAAACCCAUCUGUGUGGUGUGUAGGGAGUCCCGGGCACACAGACACCAUGAUGUGGCUCCUGUUCCAGAGGUCCUUGAGGAUAUGAAGAGCGAACUGCGUCUGAGGCUGGUGGAAUUAACAUGGCAGAAGACUGUGUGUACCAGAGUGAAGGCUAUGGAUGAGCAGACCAAGAAUGAAGCCAAGGUAAAGAAGCUGAAGCUGAAGGAGAAGAUUGAAGAGGAUGUGGGAUCUCUAGUCCAGUUCCUGUUGGAUGAGAAGGACGACCUACUGGAGGCUCUGGAUGCUGAGGAGGGGACUGUCAUAGGGAUGAUAGACGACAACCUGAGGUGGGUGGAGACCGAGGUGGUAGCUGUGGACAAACACAUGGCCCAGAUACACAACCACAUCAGAGGAAACACCAGCUUCGAGAGCAUCACUGAGACAUACAAAAACCCUCUAAAGGUGAGCCCUCUCAUCUCAUCUGUUAACUGUUCUGGUGACUGGAUGAAUGAGUUCUCUGGACCCCAUCAGCUGAUCUUGUGGAAAAGGAUGAUGCACGUGUUGCACACCAUGCCCCAGAACCUGACCCUGGACCCAGACACGGCUCACCCUAACCUGGCCAUCACCGACUUCGACACCAAGGUAGAGGAGGUGCGUACCCGUAGCCAGGAACCAGACCUCCCUCAGCGCUUCACUCGCUUCUGUGGCAUUCUGGCCACCGCACAAUACUCCAGUGGACAACACUACUGGGAGGUGGAUGUGAAGGACAAGGGCGUAUGGUACCUGGGGGUGACAGGGGAGUACAGUCCCAGGAAGGGUUUCGUCAAUCUGUGUCCAUCCUCCGGCUACUGGAGCCUCAGUCUGCAGGACAGACUAUAUGCUAACGAGGAGGAUGCCAAGAUACCUCUGGCCGACUACUGGAACUCCCCGAGGGUGGGCGUGUACCUGGACUACGACGCAGGACGCGUGUCCUUCUACGACGCAGUCACCAUGAAGAAGUUGUACAUGUUUGACGCAUACUUUGAAGAGCCGGUAUCUCCUUUCUUCAGCCCAGGGAAGAACGAUCCUGGGAGCAGACUGCAGAUCUGUCAUUACUACUGAGAUGGCGGGGGGGGUGCCUGGGUAGAAGUUUUAGGCCUACAGCCAACCUUGAGAGUGAGUGUGUGUGUGUGUGGCUACUUAUUACAGAUUCACUCUUGAUGACAGCAAGGAGGGGGUGUGUGUGUGCCUGGGUAGAAGAUGAGGCCUAUAGCCAACCUUGAGAGUGAGUGUGUGUGUGUGGCUACUCAUUCCAGAUCCACGAUUGAUGAUCAACCAUUCCAGCUGUAGCUUUGUGCCCAAGCCCCUGGAGUGUUCUAGAAUGGUACUGAUUCUACUGUGGCUUUAUGGUACUGAUUCUACUGUGGCUUUGUGCCAGAGCCCCUGGAGUGUUCUAGAAUGGUACUGAUUCUACUGUGGCUUUGUGCCAGAGCCCCUGGAGUGUUCUAGAAUGGUACUGAUUAUACUGUGGCUUUAUGGUACUGAUUCUACUGUGGCUUUGUGCCAGAGCCCCUGGAGUGUUCUAGAACGGUACUGAUUCUACUGUGGCUUUGUGCCAGAACCCCUGGAUUGUUCUAGAAUGGUACUGAUUCUACUGUGGCUUUGUGCCAGAGCCCCUGGAUUGUUCUAGAAUGGUACUGAUUAUACUGUGGCUUUAUGGUACUGAUUCUACUGUGGCUUUGUGCCAGAGCCCCUGGAUUGAUCUAGAACGGUACUGAUUCUACUGUGGCUUUGUGCCAGAUCCCCUGGCGUGUUCUAGAAUGGUACUGAUUCUGCUGUGGCUUUGUGCCAGAGCCCCUGGCGUGUUCUAGAAUGGUACUGAUUCUACUGUGGCUUUGUGCCAGAGCCCCUGGAGUGUUCUAGAAUGGUACUGAUUCUACUGUGGCUUUGUGCCGGAGCCCCUGGAUUGUUCUAGAACGGUACUGAUUCUACUGUGGCUUUGUGCCAGAGCCCCUGGCGUGUUCUAGAAUGGUACUGAUUCUACUGUGGCUUUGUGCCAGAGCCCCUGGAUUGUUCUAGAACGGUACUGAUUCUACUGUGGCUUUAUGGUACUGAUUCUACUGUGGCUU